GGAACGAAACGAUGCAGCAAAUUUUAUUUUUUCUCAAGUUUCGUUCGAUUUUCAUCAAUGAGUCACGUGACACGAUCAACCAAUUAUAGGUUAAUAAUACAAAAAAUGCUUUAUGACUCGGAAUACAGAAGCACGAUUGGUCGAUUUUUCAAAUGGCCGUUAGUUCGCAUGAAUUCGACUUGAAUGUUUAUAUAUUUUUCUCUGUGGUUCAAAUGAAUUGUUCAAACAAUAUCAAACAGAAUUGGAGUUAGAACACAAUGCCGGUUAAUCUAACGGUCAAUGAGAGACCAAUUGGUAUUCGCCGAGGAAAAAUGGUUCUAUCGGAUCUUGAGAAUAUAAAAAAAAGCGAGAGAGAACAUCGGAGGAGGUUACGAUCCGAACAAGUUCGUGAACAAUCUAGAGCUCUUUCAAAAAGGAUAUUAGAAAGAACGAGACAAAUAGAGAAAGAGCAGCUUAGUCGACUCGAACGAGAUGCUAACACAGAAAUGAAAAAAGCACACGACAGAAAGUUAAUGGCAUUUCAACGUAGAUAUCAAGAUAUAGAAAACAUUGGGUAUGCGCAUAAAAAUGCAUUGAACCAGCCAAAUGUCGAGGAGAUAAGAAAUGUCGAAGAGCAACAAAAUAAAGCAGCUGCUAAGAUUAGAGGAGCUAAAGCUCUUAAACAAUUACACGAAGCAAAUCAAAUUGUUGAUACACAUGUAAAAAAACAGCAAAGGUUACUUGAAGUUCGAAGUUUAGAAAACGAACGAUCUUCAAUGGUAUCCAAGUUACCCAAAAAACCAUCUAUUGUAAAUAAUCAUUUGGUUGAGUCUUCGGAUAAUGAAAACGUUAAAACUGCAUCCAAAAGAAGGGUGAAAUGUAUUAUUUCUAAAAAAUCCCCAGUAAAGAAAUUGAAAGAUACUAGAAAAGUACCUUGUAUAUCCGUGACUGCACCUAAUGACGAUGUAGAUAAAAUAUCGCCCUUAUUGACUACUUGUAUAGACGAAAGUAAACCAAGUAGUUCAAAUAAAUUAUCAAAUUUUUCUCAGAAAGGUUCAGAUAAUAUGGAAGAAGGAACUAAUGCAAAUAUUUGUGAAUCUGAUAACGAACCUCGAAAAACAGUGCCCACUUCAAGUUCUGUAUACAGUAAGCCCGAGAAUCUUAUUAGGUAUAAUAAACAAAAUUACCAAAAUAUUUCCUCCGAUUUAAGUACUACUUGCACUACGUCUUCCUCAUCGAUUAGCGAUGACUCUUCAUAUUUUUCUGACACUUGUAAAGUUUCUACAGUUAAAAAAGUUCCUUCAUAUCAACCAGCUCCUGUUCAUAGUAAACCUGAUUUAUACGAGCAUAAAACACGACAAAAAAAUGCAUAUAGCAGCCCAAGCAUAUUUAAAAAAACAAGUAUAAAAAAUAAGCCGAGUGCUGAAGAUUUAGCACAAGAAAUUAUCGAAUUAGAAAAUAAGAAACCUGACAUUCUUACGAGCCAAAAACCAAAUUCACAGCAACGAAGCCAAGAUGCUAUGCUACGAGAUAAAAUUAGAAGAGACUAUCAAGCUCUUUUGAAAAAUCUCGAUCUACUGUCUAAGGAAGAAAGGAAAUUGAAAGCUAAUAAAAUUUCAGACGCUGCAAAGGAACGAAUGGCUCAUCCGAUUAAAAGUAGCGAUGAUCAUAUGCGACGUCAGCAAAAAAUGGAUCGAGCUUUUCAAACUAUUCUACGUUCUUCUCAAGAUCCCGGUGUUACUUUAGAUAGUUGGCCUGAAAGACCAAUUACUCUCACACCACGAAACUACCUUCAUUCUGAUACGAUUUCAACCACGACAUGGAGAGCGCCGCCUUAUAUUAAUGAAAAAGUUGAAGAAAGUUGUUCGGAAUCCGACGAUGAAUUUACACGUAAAAGAAAAAUUUCAGAUCUUUUGCUAAAAAUUGAAAAAUUAAAAAAGAGGCUUCUGCAAGAAUAUGGAGCUGAUUUGCCAGAUGAGAUUUUUAACGCUAGUGUAAAAUCUCUUUUUAAUUAUUCAAAUUCAGCGAGUCAACAACAACUAGUCAACGCUGAUAUGUCAAAGCCAAAACCUACUGUUCCGGAAAUUCAAGUUAUUAAUAUGUCAAGCUGCGACGAAGCUUUGAAACCGACGCGAAAAGUAAUUAACCACGUUAAAAAAAGUAAUACCACUCAAGUAUCUUCAAAAAACGUAUCAAAAUUGUCUUCCGAGAGUUCCGUAUCAACUCGUGAUCAACAAGUCCAGGUUGAAUUAGAAACGGUUAAUCGAAAUACGAAAUCGAAAGACGAAACGUCUGUUAAACCAUUAGAAUCACUAGUUACGAUCGUAACUCCAAAAAUUUCAGAGAGUAGUAGUAGUAUAUGCAGUGACUCAUCCGUUAUAACUGAUGUAGUUGUUGGCGUUAAUAAAAAAGAAAUAACAGUUCUUCCCAAGACUAGAGAAAGUAAUGUAAAAUGUUCUAAAAACGGCUCAACAAGUUCGUCCGUCAAAUCGAGAAAAUUUUCAACGAAUAAGACGCCAGUCAAAAUUUCUUUCGAACAAAAAAGCGGAAGCGCAGCAUUUGAAGUUGCAGGUUUACUUAUUGACGCCAAUAAGAAGAAAAUUACGAUAUUGCCGAGAAGAAGAAAAAUUGUUUCGAAAAAUGCAUCGUUACCUACAGAAUCGAGAAAAUCAUAUUCCUUGCCCGGCAGUAGAGAUACAUCUCCAUCCAAUAAAGGUUCCAAGUCGGCUCCGCCAUCCCAACAGUGUAGUCCGAAAAAAUUUCUUGGAUUACAGAAAGACAAGACCAUUGAACAACAGUCGACCAACUUCGAGAGACACAGAUAUAGGACACAGUAUACGCAAGUGUCGAUAGAUUCCAGUACGGAAAGCUCUCAAUUGAAUUAUACUUCGGAAACUGCGGCUGCGACCGGUAGCGGUAGAUUAUUCAGAAGUUUUAAAACUUUAAUGUCUAAGCAAACUAUUACGAAAAUGCAAGACUCUUCGGAUGCAUCGACGACCUACGCCAGUCCACCGGCAGCAACUGCGGGAUCCAUGCUCAACUCCAUUACACGAACUACACCAAUCUUAGAAUUACUAAACUCUUCCAUUAAUGAAGUAAUUAAACGGCAAGUGAGUCCAGUAUCUUCUCCGGAGACACCUUCGCCUCGAACGAUGAAGUUACCCUCGAACGUGCGGAGAAGCGACAAGGCUAACAAAAAUCUCAAGUUCUCAUCGCUGAUUCAUAAACAAACAAUUGAUCCUCCAAAAAGCCCUCGAGCCAGUAAGAUGACAUCGAACGAUACAAAGGUGUCGCAGACGACGAAGCAGAUGCCUCCCCAAAGUCACAUGUGUACUUGCAAAAAUCGAGUUUGCAAAUUGCUUCAUGAAAAUACGGAGGACAUACAAUCUUUCGUUCUAAAUAGGUGUCCCGAAAUAUUGGAGAAGUUCGAAGAUUUAAAAAACAAUUGCACCGAGAGAAUAGCUUCGCUAACGGAUUCAAUUCAGAAAUUACGCAAUGAGCAGAAAGGUAAGUUCAGAGUAUCUUCGCUAUCGAUAGCAUGCUUAGAAUUAGCAGUGGCAGUGAACGAGGACGCAAAUCCAGUUGGCAAGAUUAUUUCAAACGGGCAGUUAUCAAGGAGUUUUGAAACGAGCAGAUUAGUGAAUAGUAUCGAGGCAAUUCAUACUCAGCUAAAGAGGAAACUAUUGGAAUCUCGAAAAAUUAUUUCCAGUAAGGGAAUGAGUUUGCCAAAGUCGCCGGUAGCCUGCAGUUAUGCGGAUAAAUCGUCGAGCAUUAGCAUCGACUUGUCGAAAGACAUAACGGGAAGCGAGAGUCUCGAGGAACACAUGGAAAAGCCAAAAAAUACAGAAGCGUCGUCAUCCAAUAGUUGUGCAAAACCGAGGAACACAGAGGUGCUAUCAUCCAAUGCUUGUGCAAAGCCAAAAAUCGUAUCUGACGAGCGCGUUAAUAUUAAACUCAAUCACUUUCGAUUAGAGGCAAAUUCGAGAAUGGCCGGUGGUGCUAACGAAAGCUGUAAACCCGCAGAGACGACGUCGAAGGUAGCUCAAGAACAAAUAUUAAGUGCGCUUGAUCAAAAUGAAGAAAUGGUCGAGAUGCUGUCGAAGGAGAUUCUUGAGCAAAGUAAAAGCAUAAAUAAAUCUGUAGCUAUGGAUAGCUUAAAAGACUCCGAUGAACCUAUCUUAAAACCAAGUAAAGCAGUGUCGAAGGAUCUUGGAGAAUCAGAUAAAAAUGAGGCUGCCAGUGAUAAUAAUCAGUCAAUUAACUUGGAUACCAGCAUUUCGGAUUUCAUUCCUCUGCUGGCUGGUAUACCAAAAAUUCCGCGAACAUUAACUAAAGGACCUGCGCAUAGCAGAGGAAGACCUCCAGUUACAUUGAUAAGUGGACCAUAUAGUAGGACGGAAAUCGUAUCGCCAGCACACGAGUUAUCGACAAUAGUCGAAUUCGAUACACCCGACACUGUGAAUAAAAGUCAUGUCAGCAAAAGCCCCUCGACCAAGUGUCGAAGAAAGCUUGCGAAUAAGGAAGGAACUCAAUCCAUAACGUCGUCGCCAUCAAAAAUUACAGAUGCAAAAUUAAACAAAUGCAAGCCAUCGGUGCACGUGGCUCCUUUGCUCGCGCAACGUUCACCUCAGCGAGCCCUCCAUCUCUCUAACAGAUUAUCGUCAAAGAACGUUGACAAGUCGCCGAGGAAAUAUGCGGUAAAGUCUUCGGAAUCUCAGAAUAGAGAGAUUUUAAAGAGCGAGGUGAAAAACGGCACAUCUUCGGACUCGUUGCAUACAUUACCAGACAUACAUAUUGAGCAGCUGCAGCAAAGCCAAGACAACGCAGACGGCAAUAAUGAAUUUCGUAUCAGUGAAAUUUCCGAGAUGCACUCAUUGCCCGAUGAAAAUAUCGAUCGACUAUUAAUUAGCGAUUUACCCGAAGAGACGAGAUUUCGAUCUGCGACGACCGCGCACAAACGAAAUGAACAAAAGUGCUUGUUGUCAUCGAGCAGUUCCAUAAGUUUCUCUGGUCUCUCCGGCGUUUCUGAGAUCACGACCACUCCCACGUCGGAUUUGAAUUUAUUUAAAUAUCCCUCGUCUCCCGAAGAGAUGGAACUUGCGCUUAAAAAAUGGGGCCUCGGCUGGGCAAUACCGACCUUGAAGAAGACACGCGAGGCGAGCGCGCUUGGCUCUUCUUCGAGCUCGGACGUCACACCAGUUAAUAAUGUUGCGCGACUCGUUUCUCCAGUGAAAAAGCAACAAGACAUCACUGCCAACGAUUUGCCUAUAAUAAGCGACGUUUCUUCAAUAUCAAUUAAACAUGCCAAUAAAAGUACCGAGCAAUCUGUUCUCGUUCUAGGUAGAACAUCAACUCCUAAUAGAUUGUCGAAUACUCAUUCGGAUGAAACUGUAUCGACUCUCGGUAGCUUCUCCUCGGAUUUAAAUAUAAUUGUUGAAAACCAUAGCGCGGACAUCACUGUUCCCAAUAUUUCAUUUUCUAAUGAUAAACUUGUUUAAUAAAUAUGAUAAAUAGCAGAAUAUUUUUUAUUUUCAAAUUUACACUACAAUUACUGGCGAGCUCUUAAUUUACGUUCGUACUCGACAAUUAUAUUUUCCAAUAAUAAUUUUUUUUUAUUUAUCGUUCCUUAUGAGUGGUGCAUUGAAAUACGUAAUUAGUCAAGAUUUUUUAAGAAUUUAAUUUAAGAAUGAAAUAUUGCACGAUAAUGUACAGAAUAUAAUGAUACACACAAACAAUUAUA